AUGGAAAACGCAACCUGCUACAGCCAGAGCUGCGUGCCGCCGCCGCCGUCGGCUGCGCCCUCGACGAGCGGCAAUCGGUGCCUCACCUCGCUGCCCUUCACGUCUCAGGCUGCGUGCUGCGACGCCUGCGCCAAUACGCUCGGCUGCCUGGGGUUCAGCGUGAUACGCCAGCCGUUGACCACCAAAGGCAGCCAUUUCGCGAGUAAAAGACUCUCGAACCGCCGAUCGUGCUGCCUGCAGCGCUUCUUUGCAGAGGCGUGCUCUCUCGGCGACGACGGCGGUCAGCACGAGCGCUCGGGCCAGCUCCUGAGCGCGCCCUGCACCGCAAGGUGCCUCCUGCCAGCCAUCGCGGGCGCCAGCAGCAGCGAGCGUGUGAGCCUCGACGAUGUGCCGUGGCUGGCGCCGUCCCUGUGGCGGGCGGGCUCGCCAGAGGCGCCUCCCGACGCAGCGGCGCGGAGCCGCCGGGCUAUUCGCGUCGCCGUCUGCCUCGCCGGCCAGGCGCGCACCUUUGCACAUCCAGCGGUGUGGCGCUCGGUGCGGGAGCACCUCCUGGAGGACGGCCGGCACGAACUCUUCCUCGUCCUCGCGACGGGCUCCCUCACGGCGGCGGCCGCCUCGGGGUGGAACGACCAGCGGGUCACAUCGCCGUGCGAGCUGCGCGACGCGCUCGAGGCGCUCGCACCGCGCGCGACCAGGCUGGUGGUGGACGACUUCUCGCCGCCCGCCGCCUGCGGCAGCGCGCCAAAGACGACCCGCCAGUUCCAGAAGUGGGCCGCCUGCGCCGAGCUGGUAGAGCGGCACGAGGCGGCGACGGGCGGUGCCUACGACUACAUCUUCCGCUCGCGCCCGGACGUGCUCUGGCGAGCGAGCCCGCGGGUCGAGCGGCUGGCUCGAGGUCUCGCCGGCGAGGACGUCGUCCUCACCGCAAACGACCGCCACCUCCUCAUCCACCGCUCGCGCUGGGGCGUGCUCCGCGCGAUGCGCGAGAUGGAGUGCCACGCCGCGUGCCGCCUGUCCAACCGCUCUGCUGCCCCGUGGAACGAGUGGCGCAGCAGCCGCCCGCGGCACGGGCCGAACGAGUACUGCCUCCUCCUCGCGCACCUCGCCACGCACGGCAUCAGGCAGGUGGAGGCGGCGCACCCGCGCGAUGAGUGCGUCCUGCACUACUCCUCCUCGAGCCCAGUGACGGCAGCCCUCCGCUCGAGCGCAGGGCCGAGCGAGACCCACCGCAUCUCGCGCUGGCGUUAUCCGCUGCUCGGGGCCCCGGAAGGCGCGGCCAAAUACAUGUCCGACGCCUCGGUGCCAAACAAGUGGCGCGCACCGUCGACGGGCGUCCGUCGGCCGAGCUGCACGGCGCCGCCCCUCCGCUGCGAGUACUGCGCCGCAGUCGAGCCGGCCGCCAGCCCAGACCAGCCGCAUCCAUGCCCGCCGGCGGUCGAUCUGCCCGCCCUGGCGCCGAAGCAGGCGGUCCCGCCGCCACGUGGCAGCGAGUGCCCGGAGCAGACGCCAAAGGCGGGCAGCGUCUUCUGGCCGCAAAGGCGCUUCCGGCAGGGUGCUUGGAGCGGAUCUAACCCGUGGGCGUGGGUCGACUAUCCGGUUCGCACCGAGUUCAACUACUCGCGCCUCUCGCACACCGCCAUCAAGGGGCACCUGGCGGCAGGGCGCUGGAUGACCCCGCUCUAA